AUGAGCACAGCGGAUAUAACGCUGUCAGUUUCAGUCAAAAUGGCCCCAGGGCCAGAACAUCGCCAAGAACCAAUAGCACCUGAUAAAAGUGCUGAAAAUAACAAUAGUGAAAUCUCUAAUGAAAGAGAUAAUAUUGAAAAUUCAGUGAUAGUUGUUGAAACUCUUAGUAACCAGAGUUCGAAUACAGAAUGUGCUUCAACGAACACUGACAUCAAUUCAGAUUCGACAACCCAAAGUGUACCAACUUGCAUUACAUCUGACAAUAAACAGGAAGAACCAGCUACUUUAUCUACAUUAAAUGAAGGUGAACUACGUGCACUAUUGGAUGAAGCUAUAACUUAUAAGUGUCCAAAGGAUCGUGAAGGAAAAUCAAGUCUUUUUAAAGAGUUACUUCAAGAAGCAGAAGCUGAUGAAACUGAGGAAGGUUGUAGAAUAAUAACUAAUUCACGUUGUUUACCUGGAUCAAAUCGUAGAAGGCAUAAAAGAGAUUCUGUAUCUGAGAGAUUAACUCAUGGAGGCUCAUUACAAAAUUUAGCACAACCUGUUACUUCAGAAUUUGAUAGUAGUUUUGCUUAUUUAACAUCUGGAUCUAGCUAUACUUACGGAGGAAACAGAAGAAAAAAUAAAAAAUAUACAGGAUCUAGUGUAUCUGCAAGGCAAAGAGAAGGUGGUUCAUUACCCUCAAAUGUUAAUGCAUCACACAGUCUUGCUUCAUUGGCUAAUUUAGAUUUAUUAUUUGAUAAAAAAAAGGGAUUCUGUGAAGAAAGAUCAACAUAUGAUUGGACUAAUAAAGAAAAAUCUAAAUCAUUAGAUAAACCAUCAUAUAAUAGUACAAAAAAAGAAGAAAAAGAAAAAGAUAAAAAAGAUACAAAAAAAGAUUUAUGUGAGACUGAAGUUGAAAUACGUGAGAAACGAGGUAGCAAAGGAAAAUACGGGACAAAUGAAAUGCUUGAAUCCGAUAAUCCACCACCAGAAUAUAAAUCAGAUUACAUGGUGAUUGAUUUAGGUGAUGCUGAGGUGGGUACUAUCAGUGACAGAAAUGUGGGAUCCACUUUAAGUGGGGUUCAGAGACCUCACGCAUUAGACACAGAAGAUGAUGAAGGAAUUGAAAUGAAAAUUAUUGAACCUCGUAGACCUCAAUAUAUACCACGCACUACCUUUGACAUAGCUCAAACUCCUGUGGAUACUACUAUAGAUUUUUCUCUCCGUGAACAUAGCGGAAAGCAAGAUAAAUCAAAAAUAUCUGUUAAUGGUACAGAAGUAACAGGAUCCCUCUCUUUUCAAACUUUUAAUAGUGUGAAAUGUGGUAUUGGUGGAAACAGUUCUAAUACUAGUCAGGGUAAAGUAAUUCCAAGUUUAUGCUCCAUGAUGUCUGCAUCCUUACAAACACAGAAUAUCACAAUGGAAGGCUCGAGGUAUACAGCGCAUACUACUGGAUCUGGAGAAAAAAAAUCGUUGGAUGAAAAUGGAAAUCCAGUACAAUAUAAUGGAGAACGAAAAAAACCUAGAAGAAAGCAUACUCAAGAACCUAAUGUUAUUGUAUAUAGUGCUGAAAAUGUUGAAGGACAUCGCAACAUUGAUGAUAUUGAAAUUUUAAUUAAUUUUAUUGAAAAUAAAGAAUCAAAAAGCAAAAAAGGAAAGCCAGGUAAUCCAGUGAGAGUAAAAACUAGUUCAGGUGCAAAACCAAGAAGCAGAGAAAAAGAUACUAAAAGGGAACAGUUACCAGCAAAAUUACAGAAGUCUAAUUCACUUGAAGAAAUAUCUAAGACUAAACUUGAAGACCUUACAACAGAGAAAAGCGUCAGUUCGAGUGGUGCCAGUAGUAUAUCAAGUCAACAUGGUACAAUCAAUGUUGCCUUACGUCGUGCGAAACAAAGAAGCACGGGAGACCCAGCUAUCGAUAGUCGCGGUGAUAGACGAUCUUGGGGAACAGAAGAAGGUCAGUCUAUAUAUUGUAAUGAUACCGGAGAUGAUUAUGCUAGUCGUCGAAAUUCCAAUAAAAAAAUCAAUCCAGAACCUGAACAUGAAACAGAAUUCCUGGUAGUUACGAAAAAGAAAAAAAGUAAAAAACAGAGAAGAAGUUCCAGUGGAAGUAGAGCACAAAAUUUAACAACAUCUGGAUCUUAUCUUCAAAAUUCAAGAGGAUUCUCUAAUGAAUAUAGAACACCACUUUCUCCUGAACUUAGAAGAAAAUCUGCAAGUAGUAUGCCACCAAGUGAUAAAUCGGACAGUAGUGAUUCUGAUUCUGUCCAUUCAUUACCAGUCACAUCAAACACGUCCAAACAUAAUUUAUCAAAAAUAGCUACCUCAUCGGGUGGAACGCCGCAAGCUAGUUAUGCGGAUAUAGCUCGUAUGGCAACUAUUAAUAUGACUCACAAUUCAGUGUUAAAUAUGUCUACAAUAGUUCCAAAUAUGUUAAAUCCAUCUUCAUGGCCUAGUGUGCCACCUAAGACGCCCUCAGAACCAGAUAAAAUUCCUCAAGAUUAUUAUCCUAGCUUAGAUGAAUUACAACACUCUGACAGAAAAACAAGGCAACAUAAUUUCACCCAUUCAAAUCAUAUUUUGAACUUAAGUUUUGAAAAACCACUUUCACCAACUUUGACAAAAAUGAAAAAUUCAACAGAAAGGAAAAAAGCCGAAGCUCAAGAAGAAGCUAUUAAUAAAAAUAUACAAGUUAUUAAAUAUGUACAAGAUAUUGAAAAAAUGCGUGAAAAUUUAACACAACAAGAACAAAAAACUGUAAAUUUUAAUAAUCAUAAUACAACAUCAAACGAAGUUUCAAUAACGAAUACAGUGUCAUCAAAACUUGGCAGUGCAAUAAUAAAUUGUAAUCCUGAUUCUGAUAAUAAUAAUUCCAAUUGCAACAAUAAUAAUAAGGAGACAGUUGUAAAUAUAAGGUGUAAUAAUCCUCGAGCACGCCGAGGAGGUUUCACACAAAAUAAUCAAAAUGUACAAAAUCAAGUACCAUAUGAAGAUCAACAUUUUAAGAAAGUUGGAUAUACACUUUACGAUGAAAAUACAAAAAAACAGAAUAUUGAAAAUUCUAAUACACAUUGUGAAAAUAAAAAUAAUUUGAAUGCUGGUUCAAAUGAUGAAGUUGAAUCACAAAAAACCAAUGUCAUAAAUAAUCCAAAAUCAGUGCAAGAAAUGCAAAAUAUUGAAUCAGAUGCUAAGUUGACAAAAAAUGAAAAAUCAACAAAAACUACAAAAGAACCAAAUAUUAAUAUUAAGCAUGAAACAAUUAAAUCAGGAAAUGCACAUUCUGUAAAUUCGAAACAAGAACAACAAGAAGAUUCUAAAUUGAAAAAAACGAAACAAAAUUCCACAUCAGAUAAAGAUCAAACGCAAAAAACAGAAUCACAAAUAUCUAAUAAACAGAAAGUUUCGAGGCCCGCGGUUAUAUUACUAGAUGAAACUUCAUCAGAUGUUACCAAGAAUAGUGAAUUGCCAACAGAACUUAGGUUCGGAUUUGAAAUUAACGAACAACUUUUAUUAUCAGAAGAUUCGACGACCGAAGAGACUUCAAGUGCCACUUCUGUGUUUCCUUCUGUAGUUCCACCACUUAUAAACAAACCACCUUCUAAUUUUGAUAGAUAUCCUCCGAUAUUUGAUAAACACAUGAGAUGUGAUAAAUUUACGCCUAAUUUCAUACAAUCUCCAAAUACGCAUGUAAGUCAGCAACCUUUGCAUCCGGUGAUGGUACAACGAUUACCGUGUAUGGGUUAUCCUCCAAGAUUUCCUCCUCCUACAUGUCUACCACCACCACCUACACCUCCGCCAGGAAUAAUGGAGAAAUAUCAUCAUCAACCAAAAGAAGACUUUUCUAUGCUUUAUGUUGCACCUGAAGAAGACGUUAAUAUACAAACAUAUAAUCAUGAUAAAAUCGUCUCAUUUGUUGGUUUAGCAUGGGACGCUGUUAUGAGAGAAAUGCCAGUAACUGCAGGUGGUCGUAUACAGUUCUACAGUGGUCAGUGAAAUGGGCACUAAGAAAUAUGGGGUAAAUAACACAUUAACGUUUUUGUACCACAAAAUUACCUCUAUUACAAGUUAUUCGUUAUAAAACUGUAAACAGCCAGAAGAGUCUGCUAACUAAUACAAGAUCGAAUAUAUAUCUAAAUACAAACAAAUCUGAUCGAGCCUGUAUCAAAAAAGUUAUAUUAACUUUCGGUUUCGAUCGCCAAAGCUGUACUAAUUUUUGAGUCACAUCAUCAAUGAUAACUCUGUAAAGCCAAUUGGCGCAAAAUGUGCCUCUAAAGCUAAUGUAUAUAAUAGUCAAUCAUCUGAAAAAGACAAGGCUUAUAAAUUGUAUGUGUAUGUUCUGAUUGUACAUACAUUAUUAAAUUACAAGGUACCUUUGAGAAGGUUGUAAUGCAAUACUUAAGUUUCAGUAUUGACAUCUAAUACAAUUUGACUGAAAAUUAUAAAUUCGUGACACAUUUUGCUUCUUCAAAGCAUAAAUAUUAAAUUUCUUGUAAAAAAUGUGAAAAUUUAAGUAGUCUUAUAUAAGUUUAAAAAAAAAAUAAAUAAAUAAAAACAGAUUGCUUUUUGGACCAGAGUUAAGAAAAUAUUACAAUUGUGAAAUAAAAAGAGUUUAAAAAUUAACUGAAACAUGAUCAUCACGAAACGAGAUUUUUUGAAAACUGCAUGUGCUGUGACAAUGGUUAAUGCUGAUGCCUUUAAAGAAUAAGAAAUACAUCUUAGACCAUUGUAAUAAAGUUUAAAGAUAGUUGAAAAAAUCCUGUUAUGUUAACUAUAGCAAAUUAAGAUCGUCCAUUGGAAAUAUUAUUAAACUAUAUAAUAAUUAUCUUAAAUAGUUACAAGCAGAGAUGAUCUUAAAACAACAUCUUGAAAACGGGGAUUGUUGCAGCCAUCAGUGAGUCUUCAAGAAAAACUUUAAAAAGAUUAAACAUAAAAAUAGUGGUUGCUAGAUUGUACUUUAUUUAAGACAAAUACUAAAGAAAAGUAAAGAAAGUUAUAAAGAUGUGUGAAGUGUAAUGGAAAUAGUGAAUGUAAGUGUGUUAUUAAACACGUGUAAAAUAUUUAAAAGUAGUGUGAUUGACUUACAACUUUAAGGAGUGGUUACUUCUUCCAGCCGCGACAGAUAUUAGUUUACGAAAUUUAAAAGAAGGAAAAAAGAAAGAAUCAUAAAAACUUUGAUUUUUGCAAAUGUUGCGCUCAAGAUCAUAAACUGGUUAGAGACAGUGAGAAAAGUGCGAAUGUGUUGGAAAAAAAAAACAAAACAAAAACGCUAAAUUUUUACACAAACUCGCUUAUUUAAUGAAUAAUUAACUAUUAAUUAUUGGUAAUGAUAAUUAUAAUAAAGUACUUGCUUGUGAUCAUAAAGUAUGAUGGUGUGAAUGCGUAUAGUGCAUCUAGAUACUCUACUAGCUGAUGUCUAGUUUAGUUUUGAAUAUUUGUGUCUUGAAUUCUUUUGGAAUUUUUCAUGGAAUUGUGUUAUCCUCUAAAUGCAAAAAAAAAAAUGAAAGUAACUAAUACACUUUAUGGUUGUUAUCGAUUUACAAUAAGAAAAAAAACUAAUACGAGUAGUUAAUCAAAAAAAAAUGAAACAGAAAAAAUGAAUUUAAUAUGAUUCUUUUUAUGACGAUAUUAUUCGUCAAAUAGGAAGCCUACCUCCGAUAUAUUUUACUUUUCGAUAGAUGAUCAAAAUAGUGACUUUCUGAAUUGAAUGAAAAUCUCACAUAUUUGAAACCAAAAACGUAAAUAAAUAAUAAAAUCCACAGAAACUUAUCACCUUCAAAUACAAUAAGAAAAAACUAAUUAAUUAUCAUAGACAAGUUUCAUAUGAAAGAAUAAAAGUGUAUUUGUCUACUUAAAUUCUUAUAAUUAAUAAUUAUUAUUAUUAAUUAUUAUUAAUUAUUAUUGUUGUUAUUAUUAUUAUUAUUGUUAUCUUCAUUAUCAUCAUCACCAUCACCAUCAUCUUUAUCAUUAUUAAUCAUCAUCAUCAUUAUCAUCAUUAUCAUCAUCAUCAUCAUCGUCGUCAUCGUCGUCAUCAUCAUCAUCGUCAUCGUUGUCGUCGUCGUCACUAUCAUCAUCAUCAUCAUCAUUGUUAUUAAUAUUAAUAUUAUCGUUAUUAUUAUCAUUAUUAUUAAUUAUUAUUAAUCAAUUAUUAAUUAUUAUUAUUAUUAUUAAUUAUUACUAUUAAUAAUCAUUAUUAUCAUCAUAAUUAUUAUGGUUAUUAUUAUUAUUAUUAUUAAUUAUUAUUUUUAUUUUUAUUAUUAUUUUUAUUAUUAUUAAUAUUAUUAAUGUUAUCAUCGUAAUCAUCAUCAUAUCAUCAUCAUCAUCAUCAUCAUCAUCAUCAUUAUUAUUAUUAUUAUUAUUACUAUUACUAUUACUAUUAAUAUUACUAUUACUACUAUUACUACUACUAUUACCACUAUUAUUAUUAUUAUUAUAUUAUUAAUAUUAUUAAUAUAUUAUUAUUAUCAUUAUUAUUAAUUAUUAUUAUCGUUAUUAUUAUUAUUAUUAUUAUUAUUAUUAUUAUUAUUAUUAUUAUUAUUAUUAUUAUUAUUCAGAAAUUAAUCGUUAUUAACAAAUUAAGAUUGGCGAUUUUUGUUGUUGUUUUUUUCUCUCUUAAAAUUGCACAUUAGGACAAAAUAUAAAUUUUGUUAAUGUUUUUCAGUUUGUUCAAUAAUAUAACAGCUGGGCAUACAGCUUUCAAAUGAAUAAUACAUUUAAAUAUUUAACACGUAUAGAAAUUAUUAAUAUGUGUUGGAAUAUACCUUGAAAAAAACAUUAUUCAAUACUGUAAAUGAAUUUUCAAUAAUCUGACACAAAUGUAAUUGUCCUUUAAUUUUGUAUCAUCGUAUACGUUUAGUACAGAUAUAUAAAUUUUUUUUAGUAUACUAUACAAAUAUUUUAAUCAUUUUAUAUACACGCAUUUAUAAUAUACAAUUAAAUAUUUCAAUUUUUGCAAGAAAUUUUCUACAUCGAAAGAAUCAGCUGUUUUUGAAAAUUUAAAUUACAUUCAGAUGCAAUAUGACUAAUUUAAAUUUCUUUUUAAUUGCAAGACCUGCAUCACAUUACAUUACGACAAAUUGCGAUAAUUUUAUCUAUGUGUUAAGUGGAUGAUGUUUCUUCAAGGUAUUUCUAUCCAAAUGCAAGAAACUAUUCAAAAAGUCAGGUGCUCCAUCGCCUUAAAGUUAGUAGAGUGCAUUAUGGUUCAAAUGACCAUGACUGUUAAGAAUCACACAAAGAGACUAGCACAGAUGUACUUGAAAGAAAAUAGGACCAUAUAAAUUAUGUAUCAUAGCAAAUUGGCAGCUAUGCCGUGAAACGAUGUUAUGUUCAGAAACACAUGAUUUAACUAAUUCUGUUAUAAAUGAAUGACGAGAGAAAAAGAGAAGAAUGUAUAAAUAUCAACGUGCAAGGCGAUAAUGUAUGAAUAUCAUAUAUCAUAUUCUUUUUUUGUAUUUGUAUGUACCAAAUCAAUAAUGAUCGACGAAUAUCAUGAAUAUGUAUGAUUCUUUUGUUUUAAUUUACUUAUGGGAGAUAAAAAAGAAAAAGAGAAAACAGAUUAAUUUUGUUCAACAACAGGCUAAUUGCAUUUAUCCAUAAACUAGUAGUCUGUGCUGUGUAAUAUAAAUAUGUAUAUGUUUCUCCUGUAAAUGGGUAACUAAAUCCUAAUUGGACGUAACGAAGUUCCAGAACAAGCGCAUUACUCUUGCACAUCUCGUUCUCAGCUUGUAUUAUAUCAAUGAGAUAUAGAUUCGAUUGAACUGUUGAAGAUGUAAAAUUAAUUUAAGGAAAGAAAGAAAAAAAAAUGAAAAGAAAACCAAAAAAGAAAAAAACAGAAAUAGUUGAUGUUAUUUCCCAUCUUAACUUACUUUUGUGAAAUUCACGUGUAUAUCAAUUUAUUCACGCGAAUUCACGCAAAUAAGAAGAAGUUUACCGAUGAUUUCAUUUGUGUAAAUUUGAAUGUUCACAAAUUUUGACGGUCGUCUAUGGAACUGUUUUUUGCGGAUUGAUACAAUUGUUUGCGUGUCUAGGAAUUACGUGAUUAUAUUAUAUAAUCAUACGAAUAAUUAAAACAUUUUUGGGAAUGUAAUUGAUUUAAAAGUAAUCGAUUUUAUUCGUUUUUUCAGAGAUUGGAUUUACAGACGCGCUUCCAGUUGAAGAAGCUUUCCAAAAAUGUUUAAUGUAUUCGUGGAUUAUUGCUCGAGAUGAAAACUUAAUUAUCAGAGAGGGCGUGUUGAUAGUGUUCAAAGAAGUAAAAAGAAGAAAUAACGAUUAAAUAAUGAUUGAGAGGCAGAGGGGGAGAGAAAGAGAGAGAGAGAAAGAGAGAGAAAGAAUGAGCGAGUGAGUGAAAGAGAAAGAGAGAGAAAAAGGUAUCCGACGAUCUCAGUGUUAGCCUUGUAUCACUGUACAAUUUGUUAUUCAGUGUAAAACAGUUUUUCUGUAAUGUAUAUACGUAUAUUAAUAACUAUUAUUAAUUAUUAUUAAUGAUUACAAUGAAGCUAUUCGAUUAACUAUUAAUUGUACUUGCUGAUUAUCGAUAACGAUUAUACGGAGAAACCAGAAGCUAAUGCGAGUGCUUAUGCGUGUAUAAAAGAAAAAAAGAAAAAAAAAAGAAUAUUUUGCGUGUAUGGUAAAAAGGCUGUGCUGCCCAGCUGAAAACAAACAAAAGAAAUGAAAAACAAUGGAACACUUGAGAGAGGAUGUUGUUGCCAACGUUUAGUAUGUUGCCAAAGUUUUUCCCUUUUAUGGGUAUAAAAACGCAGUAUAAAGUAAUAUUCGAGUUCCUUUAUUUUUAUCUUAAUUUCUUUUCACAUAGUGAAAUUGGCAUGAUGUCAAUUAAAAAGUAUUCAAUGAAUUGAAAAAAAAUAAUGAGUUUAUGUAUUCUAUAUAUAUAUAUAUAUAUAUAGAAUAUAUAUAUCAUAUAUAUAUAUAUUACAUAUAUAUAUAUAUAUAUUAUAUAACAUAUCGUAUUAUCUAUCGUUUCCUUAGCAAUUAAUCUAAUUAGUGUAUAGAUAAGUAUUGUGAUAUUCGCAUAAAUAAUCGAAUAACUGUUGUUUUUCUCAUCAGCUAAGAAACCAAAAUAAAAAAGGAUAAAAAAAAGUACGAAAAAACAUUUUCGAAUAUUACUUGUAUACUGUAUUUCGCCGGUGAUACGUAUUCAGAUGAUAAAUCGUUUAAUAAUGGCAGAAAAAAAUUAUCGGACAUACGAAUGAUAUAUUGUAAAGAGAAGAAAUCUAAACAAAAGUUUGAAAAACAAAAAAAAACAAAAAACCCCGAUUUAUUCUCAGGAUGCGUAAACACAGUGGCUAUUGCUUACUAUUUUGUUACUAACGAUACUGAGAACCUUAGAUUCAUGCAAAGUUAUCAUGGACCAUGGAUGUAAGAGUCAUUGCCAUAGAUCGAAUAAAAGUUGAAAAUGUGCGGUGAGAAUGAGUGAGUGAGUGAGUGAGAGAGAGAGAGAGAGAGAGAGAGAGAGAGAUGCAUGAGUGUGUGUAAGAGAUAGAAAGAGAGAGAAAUGCGUGAGGGAGCGAGUGAGUGAGUGAGUGAGUGAAUGAGUGAGAGAGAGAGAGAGACAAAGUGCGUGAACAUGGAUUUCAAUGCUUCUUACAAGUAAGAACGAAGAAAGAAAUUAUUGUCCUCCUCAAAUAAUUAUUCAUACCGAGAGAAAAAUAAUGAGAAAAGCGCGUAGUGUCGCCAUUUGGCCUUUAUGCUAUUCUAUCUGCGAUUUCAUACAAGCUUGCGUCGAUACUGUGAUAUAAUAAGUCGCUCUAUUUCUUCAUGAUCUUUUUUCCCUUUUUUCUUUUUCUUCUCUUCCUUUAGUCGUGUGCGUAUAGAUACAUACACAAAAAAAGAAAUCCAAUAUCAAUAUCACCAGAAUAUCGGUAGAAUUCGAACGAGAAAAUUUCUAUAAGAUUCAUCCUUCGAUACGUAUGUACGAAUAUAUGUUGCAUGAAAAAAAAAAAUAAGAAAAAAAAAAGAAAAAGCAAUCAUAAAUGAAAUGUGAGAAAUGGAUCGACAUUCGUCUCCUGCGUUUUAAUUUGUAAACGAUUGAAGUAACGCGGUGUGUUCAACUCGCAAUCGCAGAGGCUAGAUAUAUAUCGAAUAAAAAGGAAAUGGAAAGAAAAAUCAAAGAAUAUGAUAUAUAUGUAAGUUUCAACAAGUGCAUUGAGAAUAUAUAUACAAAAAGUACACGUUACGAUCUAACGAGAAUCAUGGGAUUCAAGAACAAAGAAAUUAUAACUUUGAAAAUAUCCAUAAAUAUCUUUUUUUAUCUAUUUUUUUCUAACAUUAUUUCUUUUUUUCCUUGUUGAGUUUCUGCACGGCACGUUUUAUUUCUUAAUUAUACAGAUUUCUUUCUUUCUUUCUUUCUUUCUUUUUUUUUUUUUUUUUUUCUCGUAUGAUCGUUUCGUAAACUUUAAACUUUCUCUUUAAAUAUUUACGAAGAAGGUGAAUUCUGCGGUUAUCAGAGGAGGGUCAGAGGUGAAAAUGAAAGUAUAUCUUGCAAAAUAUAUGGUCGAAUAAAUAAUAAAAACAGCGUCGUUGUAUGAAUGCUUGUAUGAAUAUAUUUGAAAAGGAAUAAUGUUAAAAAAUUUUUAGACGAUUAUUUUUAGAUAGUGGCACCCGAAGUCUUAGAAGCUAUUUAAUUCUUUUUUUUUUUUUUUUUUUUCUUCAAACAUCUCGAUGUGUGCACUACUAACGAUUCUGUAUCAAGUCACUUUUAUAUUCUAUUUUAGAUAAUCAUGAAAUCGACGUUUUCUCGUCUGACUCUUGUGGUUAGUUACUUAAUAAAAUAAUAAAAAUAACGAAGAAAAGAGAAAUAAAAAGGCAUAAAGAAAAAGAAAGGAAGGAGAAACAAAACAAUCUUAUAUAAAUCUGGCACAUUCCUUGAUAUAUUGUUUUCGGGAGAAAGAUAUUUUCUCGUUUCCAUUUUUUGUAGAUGUAUGAAAAAAAAAAAAAGAAAAAAAAGAAAUCGAAUUUAUUUUUCAAGUUUGUUUUCCUUGCAACAAAAUUAUAAGUAAUCGUAAAAAAAAAGAAUUUUAUUACUUACCAUUUAUGUAUAUUCUAUCAAUUUUAAUGUAUGUAUAUAUGUAUGUAUGCGACAAAUAGAGUUUUUCUUAUAAAGAGAGUGUUGUUAAGGAGACGCAGUAUAGAAAGAUGGGGGAAAAAAGGGAAAGGGGGCGGGCAAAUGGUGAUACAAAUGCGCCAACAAGAUGCGACAGAAAAUUACGUUUAUAUUAAUAAGACGCACGUUGCGAUUUUAUAAUUAUUAUUUUAUUCCAUCUUUCAUUUGAUAUUGAACAAUUUUCCUUUUUUUUUUUUUUUUUUGUAAUCAUUUUCUAUUUUAUUUAAUAAGUAUAUUAUAUAUACAUACACAUUUAUUUUUACAUUUUCCGUCGUACAUUGGCAUUUUGUUUUUUCUUUAUUUUUUUUUAAUCGAAUCAUUUUAUUGAUUCGUUAUUAUUUUCAAUAAUAAUUUUCUUCCUUUCUUUUUUAUAUAUAUACAUAUAUAUAUAUAUAAAAUAUAUAUAUAUAUAUAUGUAUAUAAUGUUACACGACCAAACAUGCACUAUUUAUCUCGAUCUCACCUGAAAUUCGUGCGCUUUUCAAGUUCACUGUGGUACAUGUAGUUUUUGUUAUCAUUAUCAUUAUUAUUAUUAUUAUUAUUAUUAUUAUUAUUAUUAUUAUUAUUAUUAUUAUUAUUAUUAUUAUUAUUUUUGUUUGUCGAAUGUAAUAAAAACAUGCGUUUUUACAUUGGUUGCACCCAACAUGCACUGAAUGCAACUUCUUCGGUUUGAUGACCCGUCUAAAUGCUGUUACAUUGUUGUAUAUUAUAUUUAAAAGAAAAACGAAAAAAAAAAAAAAGAAAAAGAAAAAAAAAAUAGCAUUCGAAAAUUUGUAUUUAUUGCAAUGAGUACGACCAAUGAGUACGAAUUUUCUCUGCCUUCGUUAGUUUCAACUGUCCUGCGUAAAAAAAAAAGUUCAUCAGUAAAUUUUGUUGAUCAUCAUUGAAAUGUUAUAUAUAUAUAUAUAUACAUUACAUUUACACAUAUGUAUAUAUACAUAAAUCUAUACAUGUGUAUAAGUAUUAGUGUGUAGAAAGACGUUUCUAUCAUUUGUACAACAAACGAUGAUUAUUAUCAUUAUUUUAUUAUCAUUACUAUUAUUAUUACUAUUAGUACUAAUGGAAAGGAUCUGUUGAUUGAGCGUGUAUUUCAAAUUUUCGCGCGCAUUUUGCUGAGACCUCAGAUCGGAAACUUUCCCUUCUCAAAAUAUAUUAGAAAUCUCAGAUUUUAUUUCAUUGAUCAUUAUUCAUUAUUCAUCCCGGAAGACAAGGAACUUCAAAGAAUCUGUAUAUUAUCUUGAAAACAUAACUAUUUUUCUAGUUACUACACUAUGUAGAAAUACGAAUUUCGCGGGUCGGACAUUAUUGUUUUUAUAAAACGCGGUAGAGCGUAGACGGAAUGGUCGUAUUUCGUAAAACGAAAUUAUACUAUAUAUCGAUUAUGUCAAUCGAGUAAUAUAUCAGUGUUGCUUCUUUAUUUUUUUUUUUUUUUUUUCUUUGUAAAUAUAGCGACAAUAAAGGAUAUCAUUAAAGAAAGAAAAAAAAAAGCAAGUGCGAAGCGAACCAAUUAACAGCAGAGGUUAGAAGAAGAAGAAAGAAGAACGAGAAGAGCAUGAUCACGUAAUAAAUUAGACUGAUUAUUUUCUUGAUUUUAUUAGUAAUAAAUGUUAACAAGAGUAUUGCGAAGCUUAAAAGAAAACAAAUGCAAUCACUCAUUAACUUUUUCGAAAAAACGAAAUGUUUUUUUUGUCUCUCUUUUCUUUUUCUUUUUUUUUUUUUUUUGUAUAGGCAAGAGAAAUAUGUUCUUAUUUUUGUGAUUCAGUAUUGAAAAAAUUUGUAAUUGUGUUUUCUUAUGAUAUACGUGAUAUUAAGUAAGAAUGUAUGAAUUAGAGCGAUAAAAAGAAAUAAUUGAAAUUUUGCAUUGUGUGAAAUAUAUGAAAUAUAUAUAAAAAAAGAGGAAAGAAGCAAAAGAUGAAAUUUAUGUUUAAAAAUUUUUUUUACAUCAUCGUCUUUUGCGAACUCGAGUUACGAGAAAACGAAAUACAUAUAAUUGUUAAAAUAAUUUUCUGCCAUGCCUUCAAUUAUCUGAUGUCGAUGUUAUUUGAUUGCUUGGCAUUAAAUGAUAUCACUUGCGCUACAAAGUUGAGAAAA